AUGACAGCGCCCGCAAUUCCGCCUCAGGGGACGCCGAAGAGGGAUGAUUCCGACCUGCGCAUCGAGGUCAUCGACAGCGCCGAGGACGUCGUGGCGGGGUUCGACUGCGUGUGCGAGGCCUUCGGCCGGCAGACGCGCGACGGUAUCUGGAUAGCCAUGAACCCCGGGUGGGACACGGCCGAGGGCAAGGCCGCCUGCGCGGCGCGCAUGGCGGACCGGUGGCGCGCCGUGACUCGGGACCGCAACGGCGACGCCAACACCGUCUUCCUCAAGGCCACAGUGCCGGCCGCCGGGGGCCGCCGCGCCAUCGUCGGCCUCGCCAUCUGGGUGCAGGCCUCGGCGGUUGCCGGCCACGGCGACAGGCCGGCCGAGGACCUGCGCGAGUCCCUCGACCUCGAGGCCCUCUACCCGGGCGACGCGGCCGAGCAGCGAUACCUCUGCCAGCUCGACGGGGCCCUGCACGCGCGCCGCAUCGAGGUCGUCAAGGAGAAGGCCUCGGCGUCGCCGGCGGCGGCCAUGGUGCUGGACCUGGCCGCCGUCGACCCGGCCUUCCAGGGGAGGGGCAUCGCGAGGCGGCUGGUGCAGUGGGGGCUCGACGAGGCGCGGCGGCGCGGCGGGCUCGAGGCCAUCACCGAGGCGUCGACCAUGGGGAGGCGCGUCUACGAGAAGAUGGGCUUCCGGCAGGAGGGGCCCGAGAUCGAGUAUGUUGUCGACGCAGAGUUUGCGAACCGCGAUAGGCCGUCCAACAUCUUUAUGCGAACGCAGGGAAGCACUGUAGGCCCGGCUGCUCCAUAG